UCGCAAACAAAUUAUUUAUUUCAGACCAUUUCGUGUUUAAUUUCGUAGAGAUCAGUGAAAAUGUCCGCCUGUAGCACUGAGAACAAGGCUCCUGAGAGCAUCCGUAGCAUUUGCUGCAUCGGUGCUGGGUAUGUGGGGGGACCCACUUGUGCCAUCAUCGCCCACAAAUGUCCCGAGAUCACCGUCACUGUCGUCGACAAAAACCCCAUACGCAUUGCUCAGUGGAAUUCCGACAAGUUGCCAAUAUAUGAGCCAGGUCUGCAAGAAAUCGUGAUGAAGUGCAGAGGGAAGAACUUGUUCUACUCCACCAAUGUCGAGGAAGGUGUCGUCAACGCUGACCUUAUCUUCAUCUCUGUGAACACGCCAACUAAAACCUACGGAGCUGGGAAAGGUCGUGCUGCUGACCUCACGCACGUAGAGUCGUGUGCUCGCAUCAUCGCGGGCUGCGCGUCGGGCUACAAAGUCGUGGUCGAGAAGAGUACCGUGCCGGUGAGAGCCGCCGCCAGCAUCAGUGAGAUAUUCGGUGCCAACUCGCCUGCCGCCUCUAACUUCCAGGUGCUCUCGAACCCCGAGUUCCUGGCUGAGGGCACCGCGGUGGCUGACCUGCUCAACCCUGACCGCGUGCUUAUCGGAGGCAGCCAGACGCCCGCAGGCCUGGAGGCGAUCGCGCUGCUCACGGCCGUGUACAGCCACUGGGUGGCGCCUGAGCGCAUCGUCACCAUGAACACCUGGAGCAGCGAGCUCUCCAAACUGGUGAGCAACGCGUUCCUAGCACAGCGCGUUAGCAGCAUCAACGCAGUGAGCGCCAUCUGUGAGGCUACGGGCGCUGAUAUCUCCGAGGUCGCCGAGGCCGUCGGCCGCGACUCCAGGAUCGGCAGCAAGUUCUUGCAGGCGUCCGUUGGUUUUGGUGGGAGCUGCUUCCAGAAAGACAUCCUGAACCUGGUGUACGUGUCGGAGUGCCUGAACCUGCCUGAAGUGGCCCAGUACUGGAUGCAGGUCAUCGUUAUGAACGACUUCCAGAAAUCAAGGUUUGCCAAGAAGAUCGUAUCGCGCCUCUUCAACACGAUCUCCAACAAAGCCAUCGCCGUGUUCGGCUUUGCGUUCAAGAAGAACACGGGCGACACGAGAGAGAGUCCUGCCAUCUCCGUGUGCGCUCAUCUGCUCGAGGAGGGCGCCAGGCUCAAUAUCUACGAUCCGAAGGUCGAGACAGAACAAAUCCUUAGUGACUUAUGUCACCCCGGAGUGUGCGCGCUGCCUCGUGAGCGCAUCGAGAACUUGGUGACGACGCACGCAGAUCCUCACAGCGCCGCCGCCAACACGCACGCCAUCGUCGUCCUCACUGAGUGGGACGAGUUCAAGACGCUUGACUACGAGAAGAUGAUCAAGUCAAUGCUGAGACCGGCGUGGGUGUUUGACGGCCGUAAGAUCCUGGACCACGAGCGCCUCAUGGACUUGGGCUUCUACACGGAGUGCAUCGGACACCGGUACCAGCGGCCGCAGUUCUACGACCACUGCAAUGGUCACGCUCCUGAAUUGCUUUUCUCUGAAAAGUCGAAGGCAUUCAGAGCUUCUCGUCAGGACAACUGACCUCGAUCAAGAUCCUUCAAUUUACUUUAAAAUUUGGAUGCCUUUGAAUUAAGUUAAAAAUCUGUUUGACUGAAUAUUUACUCUUCGAUCUGAAUUCAGAAAGUUUACUCAGCUUUAAUUGAUCCCAUCCUCAAAAUUCAAGAAAAACUAAAAAUUUUUGAGUAUCAAAAUCAAGAUCGAGUCUGCUCACUUCCCGUCCAAAUAUCAGUAUUGAUGCCAGUGUUGUAGCCUAAUUUUACUAGAUACACUAACUAGCUCACCAAAGAUUUAUCCAACAACAAUAAUGAUGCUUCCCUAAAAAUAUCGUAGAACUAAAAUUCAUCACAAUCAUUCGAUCGUCUUUAAAUCUGGAAAUAAAGCACGAGAAAGACGGCAUGAAAUCAAGUGAACGUUUAGUCAUAAGCAUUCCAGUAGCUCUAUUCCUAGUCUAUUUUUGGGCAUUAAAUGUAAUUUAUAUUUGGGUUUAUUAGCAAUUUUUUCGUAUUUUUUUCGUUUGCAUAAUAUUUUUUAUGGUCUUAUUCAUAGCUUGAUGGUGAAAUAAGCUUCACAAAUCUCCAUUGUCACCUGCAGCUCUGGGCACUCGUUAAUACUGCCUGCACUAUUGACCGUUGGUACUGUUUAUGUUAAUUUAAAUAACUAUUUCCGGAUUAAUUAGAGUGCAGCUAAAAACUUAUCAACUUUCCUAUUCAAAUAAGCAAUUUUUCUAUUACAUCUUGAAGUGGAAUAUACCGAGACAGCUUUUAUAAGACACUAUGGUCAUUCGACAGUCAAGCUAGGGUUGACACUCGCGUUGGCUUGGAACGCAUUUGUAAGAUGGUAUUGUUUGUAGACAGACACUCCAGUGCAUUCUAAUGAGAAAUUAGCUGCUGUCAUUGAUGAGUAAAGAGUGGAUGUCUCACUGAUCGAUCUUCUCCAAAGCAAGAGAAUCUGCUGCGAUCAAUUCAAAGGACCGAUGCAGUAAUUGUGAUAUGAGAGAUAAUUUCACGGACAUGACAGCAAUAGGUUUAAAUAACUUUGCCAGUUACUUGUAUAUUUUCUCGCUGAAUGCUCUCUGGAAUUGGUCGUCUCGACUUCCGGAAAUCAAGCCGAGUUCAUUUGAGAACUCGAAUCCAGUCCUAAACGAACGAUUUUAUUAUUGAUGUUCAAAAUUGGUAAGACAGCAGACCUGCUACAAGUUAAUUGAGUUAAUUUAAAGAAAUGCCCCUCCCACUAAACCUAUUACUGCAAUGAACUCUUUUAUCUGCCAACACCUGCACGCGUCACGCCCUGCAAAGAAACAAAGAUGUUUAGAUGUGCAAGUCAAAGUUAAAGACGAUGUUUGAGUAAGGAUGGAACGCUUACAAAUAUUUGAACGUGCCAGAAAUUUUUGUAAUAGAUGACAUCCCCUGAGUUGUUUGUUAUUGAUGACCGUGAGCUUCCUUUAACUCUUCGAUGAUCACGAGUGGCCUCGUGAUAAUUUACUUAAUUAUCUAAAGUCUACUGUGCUGCUUGAUUAUCAGGGUCCACAUUUUAUCUUCUAUUGAAUGUUUCUCCGCUUUUGCUUCUUCAUCUUUAAUUUGAUUGAGCCAACUGUUUUAGAUGUUUUUCCAACCUUUAGUGCAUAAGUAUUUCGAGCUCUUCCAUUUCAUAUACUUUUUAUAGUUAACGUGUAGACUGCAUUUCUUGCUUUCCGAUGUACUAGGGACUAUGUUGCUGUUAAAGUUAGCAAUAGCGUUACUCUCGUGCAAAUAUUAUAGAGAUAAUAUUGCUUUUUGGAGUGCCUACAUCGCAGUUUUAUUAGUGAUGUAUAGUUCUGCUAUUUUCAUUUUGGCUCGUGUGUCGAUAAGGUCUUUGUGAUAAUCUUACUAUUAGCAAUAAGUUGUUUGUAAAGUACGGUAGUCUGCAGCUAGAGGUUCGUGCGGUUAGAACGUAUAACGAAAUAACAAACUUUGGCAUAAAGAAGUAUUUUAAUGCAAUCUAGACGUUUUUUUGUUGACCGGUCCUAUUCGUGUUAUUAAGGAUGCUGUUUCUUCGCUCAUUUUUGAUAUUAAGUUAAGCAAAUGGGGGUCAGUUGUUGGCUGCAAAGAAUCAAAUUCAAAACGUGCCGCCGGUGGCCGUACCGCUCAAAUCAACUUGAAGAUCAAAAACUUAUUCCGUAGUAUCAGUUUAUCAUGACGUCUAAUUUAAGUUUGUUGUCCGCAUCUUGAUUGUCCUUUGCUUUUGAAGUUUGUUUUUCCGUGGAGAGAAUGAAUUAACAUCUCUUGUUUUUAUUAUUUAUUGAGUGGUUGGAUUUGUUGCAUGUUGCUAUUGUUAUUUUGUUGUGUAGCUAUUGUUGUGUUAGGGUUGUGGAAUGGAGCUUCCAUCCAGAUUUUUGGGUUUCAGUUAAUGGUUGAUCUUUGUGAUUUAAAUAUAGUUAUUGGCAUGACUUUAUGUUGUUUUCUUUUAUGUUUACUUAAUAAAAGGGUUUGGUGCAA